AUGAGCAAACCAUUUGCCAGCCUCACGCCCUGGGCCGUGGCCAGCGCGGCCGGCAAGGCGGCCGCCAGGGCGGCGGAGCUGGAAGGCCUCCUCGGCCGUGAUGCUGCGCCCUUAGCAGCACACGCCGCGGCUUCGGCGCUGUCCCAGCGCUUGGCGGCGGCAGGUGUGGCCACCCAGCGUGUUGCUGAAGAAGCUGCAAAAGUGGCAGCUCAGGCCGCCGAGCACUGCGGCCUGCCGGCGCGCAGCUGUGCCGAACUUGCAGCCGCCGAGGCCGGCAAGGCAGCAGCAGAGGCGGUGAAUUCUGCGCCAACUUCGCCAGAAACGGCUGAGCAAAGUGAGCCCGCCGAGAUUCCGCCUGCGAAUCAGGCAAAGUCAUCGCAAGAGAAGUUGGGUUCCUUAUUGAAGCGCUUGAAGGGUGAAGCCGACGAGGAACGACAAAAGGAGUUGGAACUUCAAGAGGUGCUGAAAGCCAAGGAUCGUGCAGAGACGUUGCUGAAGGCCGCGAAAGUGGAGAAAGGUCUCUUGGAGGAGCAGUUGAGUACUGCACAAAGCCAGGCUCGUAUUGCCAAAGAGGAAGCCAUACAAGCGAAGGAGCAGGCUGCUGAAGCGACGGCAGCGGCUCAGAAGGCACAAGUCGAGAUGCAAGCCAUCAAGACGAAGGCUGAAGAGGAUGUGAAAGCCGCUAAGAGCGAUUUGGCCAAGGCGCAGCAAGAACAGAAAGCUGCUGCUGAUGCCGCAAAGAAGGCCGAAGACGGCAAAAACAAGGCGGAGAAGACCGUCCAGGAGUUGAAAGACAAGAUGCAGGCGGAGAAGAACGCCACCACUGAGAGCAUCCAAAAGAAAUUGGAUGAAGCUCUUGCAGCCAAGGUCAAGAUGUCCAGCGGAUUUCUGGCCCAGGCAUCUUCGGAUAAGGCGUUGGCAGAUCUGAAGACUUCCCAGGAGAACGAACGAAAAAAGGCGCUUCAAGAGGCCGAAGAAAAGAGCAAGUCCUUGCGGCAGGCAGAGGAACAGCGCAUCAAGGACAAGGACCAAGAGCUGAAGAAGCUCAGUGAAGAAUUGCAACAACUGCAGCGACAGUUGACAGAUCGCGACAAGCAGCUGCGCAGCGUCACGGAGCAGCUGGCAACCAUCAACGGGAGCUGGGCGCAGCACGUGGAGCAGCUGCACGCGAAGUACAGCCAGGCACCAACAUGAAGCUACUUUGACCCUGCUGCGCAUCGCUCGCAGAACCAGACGACAUCUUUGCUAAGAUUUUGCGGAGGCGUAGCUCAACGUCGCGAUCUCCAUGACGCUUGCCAACUAAGAACUUGGACGGAGGAUCAGUUUGGCACAUUGGCUGCGCCGAAUCAACAAGGUUGAUGGAUGUCAUCAUUCUGCUCCGGACCACAAUUUGCUGCUGAGAUUGCCUUUUUUGAAUGAGCGAUGUAGGGCAAUGUCUGCUAUGAAUCUCCUUCCUUGGCUUCUAUUUGCCAGGGUGAAUUUUCAAUGAGCAAUAUGAUGUGGACGGAAGGAUCGGCUUUCUUUGGCAGUGAACAUUCACAAGCCUGAUCUCUCGUCCCAACUUGUUUGCUGUCAUAAAAAGUGACUGGAACAGCAGCUCCCACCAAGUCAGCUGAGCCGCCUCGAAUCCAAAAGAUGGUCCGGGUGCGCUGGGACUGCUGCUUGGCUCAAAGUUAAAUGGAAUACAAAAAUCUUUGACGCGAAAA